GCGAUGACGUGUCGAACAAGAGAUACUAUGGCCUUUUUACAGAGUCACCAAAAAUGUCGUCAUCAUCGGUAAUGUUUCCGUCAGCUUUUUACAUGUGACAUUAGUGAGUCAUGCAUUAUUCAGGCGUAUUUGGAUCGGAACCCCGUGACACUCAGCUGACACAGACCGACGCCUUCAAUACUGGCUAGUAAUUAGCUGAUCCGGUCCAAUUCAGGAAAAAUGGCUGGAGAGUUUUACCCUCUUGAGUCCAUUCAUAAUUUUAUUGAGAAGACUGUUAUCAUUGAGAAGCCAGAAAGGUAUGUGUCGAAGUUCCGGCCAACAGUUCUUGAGGAGAGGAAGCCAACAAAUUACAUGAAAACGAUGGGCCCAAACAAAUUGGAGGUGCCCAUCCCAACCAAUUACCUGAAAAAGCAUUCCAAAGAACCUAAACUACCAGAGAUCAAACAGGUCAAGACUCAUUACGGCUGCUCAUUGAAGAAACCAGCCGUCCCUACAGGUCCGUUUCUACCACCCGUUAGUCCCACCCCUACAAAGAGGAAGACCACCGCACCAAAAGGACCCAAACAGCCCCCAUGCGUUGUUGACUCAAACAAGGGACACAAGGAGUCCCAUAAUGUAAACUCAGGGCUUGUCCCUGUGUACAUAAGGAAAAAGGAUUAUGGAGAAGUACCAAACUACCUAAUGCGGCGUAAAGCAAAGUAUCAAAAGGCACUGGAAGAGUACAACAUGAAUCUGAAAAAGCAGGAGGAGCAUGAAACCAUGAAAUACCUUUCUGACGUGGAAUGUCAGGCCAUCGUUGAGGACCUGAAGCUGAAAUACAACGAGCUAAAUGUCGAGUACCAGCGCCUCCCAUUUAUGAUUGACACCCCGUCGAUGAAGAAUCGUAAGGUACGUCUCGAGGUGGAAAUGAAGCAGCUGGAGGAUGAUAUUAAACUCCUUCAUCGGUUGGACUCCAUCUGCAAAAACAAGUAGCCCACAGAUGUGCUAAAGAGGUGUCUUCCAUCCGAGUCAUCGACUGAACCCAAUUGGUGGACAAUUAAAACCGUGAGGUCAUGUGGAUGAUUUGAUUAGAGAACUGGAUGACCCGUGACGGGCAAUUCCAACAUUGAAUUAAACUCAUUCAGUGCCAGCUCUCCCAAUUACGAUGCAUACUUGCAUAGCCAUAAGGAGUGGUGAAUGAGAAAUGUAUUUUUGACAUUCUGCUGGAAGGAAAUGGACUUGAGCUAAUUCCUCUUUUGGGGGGGAUGUAUUUUUGUUGUCAUACAAUUAAAUAUUGAAAUUUCAAAUGCACAAAUGGAUGAGAGUAAGUCUGUCCAUGCUAUUGACUUAACACAAUUGGGUGCUUAAGUAUU